UAGAAUUAUUGUCUGCUGCAGACUUUCAUACCCACUUAAGAUCAAAUAAAAUGAUGGAAUAUGUCGUCCCAUUCAUUCGUCUUGGAGGCUGUUCAAUUGUAUAUGUUAUGGUUAUUUUUUUUUGAAAAAAAUAAAUAAGCUGAUAAGAAAAAGCCUAAUUUAAUUCCUCCUAUUACAUCAAUUGAGUCGUGCUUAGAAUAUAAGCGUAAACUUGAGGAAUUAGACUCGGACACAACAUUUCUUAUGAGUUUAUAUUUAUGUCAAGAAAUUACACCGUCAAUGAUUGAAGAAGCUAAAGCAGCAGGAAUUGUAGGAAUAAAGAUGUACCCUAAGGGUGUGACGACGCAUUCGGAAUUUGGGGUUGAAGAUUAUGAAUCAUAUUAUCCAAUAUUUUCAGCUAUGGAGAAACAUGGACUUGUUUUGAAUAUUCAUGGGGAAAUUUCAAGCUCGAUGAGCGAAGAUGUUACGGUUUUAACAGCAGAACAAGCGUUUUUGCCAAUACUUUAUAAAUUACAUGAAUUAUUUCCGAAAUUAAAAAUUGUACUUGAGCACUGUACAACAAAAGAAGCUAUAGAGGCGAUUGAAAAAUGUGGAGAUAAUGUUUCGGGAACAAUUACAGCUCAUCAUCUUUUUUUAACAGUUGAUGAUUGGGCAGGUGAUCCGUAUGCAUAUUGUAAACCUGUCGCAAAAUUGCCAUCAGAUAGAAAAGCUCUUUUAAAUGCUGCUACAAGUGGUAAUAAAAAAUUUUUUCUUGGAAGCGAUUCAGCACCACAUCCACGAACACUUAAAAUAGGUACAAAAAAAAUUGCAGCUGGUAUAUUCACUCAACCAUAUCUUAUAAGCUAUCUUGCAGAAGCCUUUGAUAGGGUAGGGAAAUUGGAUAAACUCGAAAAUUUUGCAUGUAUUUUUGGAAGAGAAUUUUAUAAUGUUAAAGAUAUUGGUAUAGAUAAAAAAAUUAUAUUAACAAGAAAACCAUUACAAAUCGCUUCUGAACUUGGCUCGGAAGAUGCCAUUUUAGUACCAUUUUUGGGAGGAAGUGUAUUAAAUUGGACUAUAACAUGGAAAUAA